AUGACCAAAGAAGACGGCACAGGUCAAGCUAUUUUGGAUGAAGUCAGUAACGACUCUCCUCAGCUUAAAGGAGAAUCCCCACCUAAAAUAUCAGAUGCUAUAAUUCUAAAGCCUGCUAAAGGUAAUGUACAUUUCAAAAUACUGGUACCUUCAAUUGCUGCUGGUGCAAUCAUCGGGAAAGGAGGUGAAGCAAUAACAGAAAUUCAAAACCAAACCUCAGCGAAAGUAAAAAUGUCCAAAGCUAAUGCAUUUUAUCCCGGAACAACUGAGCGAGUUUGUUUAAUUGUUGGAACCAUCGAGAGUAUAUUACGUGUUUUUCAGUAUAUUUCCGAGAAAAUAUACGAAAAACCAGAAUCUGUACCGAAAACAGGUAGUGAAGGACGAGUACUUACUGAGAGACAUAAACAAGUCAAGAUUUUGGUCCCUAACAGCACAGCUGGAAUGAUAAUAGGAAAGGGUGGUAGCUUUAUCAAGGAGUUGAAGGAUACAACUGGGGUAUUCAUUCAAGUAUCUCAAAAGUCUAAGGAGCUUAACUUGGCUGAAAGAUGCGUUACUGUCGCAGGUGAACUCUCGCAAACACGCGAUGCUGUAGCAUUGAUUUUAAGCAAGAUUGCUGAGGAUCCCCAAUCGUCCAGCUGUCCAAAUAUAUCUUACUCCGAGAUAAUCGGACCAGUAGCAAGUGCUUAUCCCACCGGCUCACCUUAUGCUUUAGCGGUUGGCUCGCAUCCAGGAUUACCUGCAUGCGGAAUGGGUUUUGGUUCAGAUAUGCAUUUCAGAGCAGCAUCAGGCUCAAAUUCCAGCUUUUCACCUCCUCAUAUUAAUUCUCUUUCGCCUGUAAGCCCAACUACCUCGAAUCCAGCUUCUGGAUCCAUUUUCGGCGGAAGUUCCUCUCCAGCUGUUGCUGCUGCUAUGGCUGCUAUGAGUGCAGUUGCUGCCUGUUCUCCAAACGCCAAGUCAUCGUCUGCAUUAGUUCCAAAUGGUGGUCGAGCAUUGAUGGGUCGUGGUGUGGCUAGUACACAUUCAAGUAACCACCAAACUAUUACUCAUUCCCCUCAUAGCCUUUUAGGAUCUGUCGCGACACAUUAUAAUGCUAGGAUUUCGCCGACUUAUGGACCACCCAGACCUAUCUCUUCACCUAAUUCUGGUAUGGGUCUUGAGGGGAUACGUAGUGUUUUAAAAAGUGCUGGGUAUUCUGACGUAGCAACAGACGAGAUUGCUAAUGCCAUGGAUGUAUUGAGCCUAUAUGGUUUUAUUUCGAUGUCCAGCUUAACUGGAUGCAUUAAUUCUUCACCGAUGAUUAAUUCAUCUUCAAACAAUCAUUUUACUGUAAAUUCCAAUACGUUAAGUGGAUUAGGCAAAUCAUUUACGAACCUUGACUCGGGUGGUCAGCAAUCUCCAGUUUUGUCAAACAGUUUUCAUUCUAACGAUCUUUCAUUGCACAACUUUCGAAAUCUUGCGGCAGCAUCCAUACAGAAUUGUGUCCCUUCUCAACCCAGUCAGAUCUACACGCAUAGGCGAUCUUCAUUCUCUUCGUACCAACCUGUUAGUAUGAAUUCACACGCACGCGCAAAUCAUUUAACCGUUACAACGUGCAACAGUAUUAACAAUAAUAUUGAGGUCAUUCCAGUAAUUAAAGAGUUGAACGUACAAGAUUCACUUUGCGCCUCAUCUGAUCCGACGGUUCGUGGAUCGGUAGAAAGCCAUAAUUUAGAUAUAACCACAGGUUUAUAUUCUAUCACUUCAUGUGAAAGAUUAAAUCCGAAAAGUUCCACCCAGUCUCCUGUUCUGGGGAUUCGAGCUGUAUCUCCUAUAUCCAAUAUUUCAAUACCACUUAAACGGAAUGGCGUGGUCACUGAUAGUUCUGCUAAUGGUUUAAUACCUCGCCGAGUUUCGGAUGGGAGUGUAGGUGAAGAGCAUAAUAAAAAGAACGGAAUUUGUUGUAGUACAGCUUCCAUAAAUAAUGACACUAGUCGAACGAAUAGUUUAUGGAAUUUAUAA